UCUUUCUUCCCACUUGUCCUCAGCAUCAGUGAGCAGGUCACUCAAAGCACUUUUGAUGUGGUGGUUGUCGGCGGUGGAAUUGUGGGGCUCGCGUCUGCCCGAGAGCUCAUUCUGCGACACCCAUUGCUCAAAUUCAGUGUGCUGGAAAAAGAGGAAGAGUUAGCUUGCCACCAGAGCGGACAUAACAGCGGUGUGAUUCACAGCGGGAUUUACUACACACCCGGAUCUCUGAAAGCGAGGUUGUGUGUGCAGGGUGCCGCCCUCUGCUAUGAGUACUGCGACCAAAAGGGAAUCCCCUACAAACAGUGUGGCAAGCUAAUUGUAGCUGUUGAACAAGAGGAAAUCCCAAGACUCAAAGCGCUGUAUGAGAGAGGGCUGCAGAACAGCGUCAGGGAUCUGAAACUGAUCAGCACAAGAGAAAUAAAAGAAAAGGAGCCUUUUUGCAGAGGGCUGAUGGCCAUUGAUUCUCCAUACACUGGCAUUGUGAAUUAUAGACAAGUGGCCCUGUCUUAUGCUGAAGAUUUCCAGGAAAUGGGAGGGACCGUCUUGACUGAUUUUGAAGCAUCAGGCAUGGAGAUGGCUAAAGAAAGUCCUCCAGAAAGUGAAGAUGGCAUGAAAUAUCCAGUUGUUGUUAGAAACUCUAAGGGCGAGGAAAUCCGCUGUCAACAUAUUGUGACCUGUGCUGGACUUUACUCGGACCGCCUGUCCGAAAUCAGCGGGUGCAGUCGUGAGCCUCGCAUUGUGCCCUUCCGUGGAGACUACUUGGUGUUAAAGCCUGAAAAAUGCUAUAUGGUUAAAGGAAACAUUUAUCCAGUUCCUGAUCCUCGUUUUCCUUUUCUGGGGGUUCAUUUCACACCGCGGAUGGACGGCAGCGUUUGGCUUGGUCCGAAUGCUGUACUGGCCUUUAAGCGAGAGGGUUAUAAGCUGUAUGACUUCAGUGCCCGGGAUUUUCUAGAUGCGGUUGCGUACAGCGGUUUGUGGAACCUGGUGCUCAGAAACAUCUCCUAUGGAGUGAGUGAAAUGUACAGAGCCUGUUUCCUUAGUGCUCAGGUGAAGCAACUUCAAAAGUUCAUCCCAGAAGUUACCAUCAGCGAUGUACUCAGGGGUCCAGCCGGAGUGAGAGCCCAGGCCUUGGACCGGGAUGGCAAUUUGGUAGAUGACUUCGUCUUUGAUGGAGGCACCGGUGACAUUGGAAGCAGAGUUCUUCAUGUCCGAAAUGCCCCCUCUCCUGCAGCUACCUCCUCCCUCGCCAUUGCAAAAAUGGUCGCCGAUGAAGUGGAGCGAAGAUUUGGCUUGUGAAAUACACCCGCCCCGCGCUCUCGGCGUCCGCUCUCGGCCAGCCGGCUGCCUGCACGGAAUGAGUUCCGCCAUGUGUCAGCGGGAGGGCAGAGAGGCCGUUGUCUGGUUCGCUAGAGGGACGCUGGCGGUUAGGCUGUAGAAUACAAAACUGGCAUUUGA